AUGAAGGAAGUCAAGGGUGAAUCACAACUUGUUGAGAUGGCAAAGAGCCUGUGGAAGCAAGUAGCUGCACAGUCAGCUGCCAUGAAAGGCCUCAACUACUGGGGUGAUGUAUUCACGUUAGGAAUGGGUGCUUUCGAGGAGCGUGCCAAGUUCCAAGAAAAGUUCGCUCAGAAAGAAUACACGGAAUUGCGCGAGCAGUUUGAAAGCAAGUGUGAAAAUGUGUACAGCAUGGAAUUUGCCACGAAACGAGCAGAACUUUUGGGACAAAGCGAAGAAGCACAGGCAAAGCAAAAAGAGCUGCAGAAGAAGUUUGCGUUCGUCAAUGAUGAAAUCAAAGCUUUGGAGUUUGAGCUGCUUGCCAAGGAAAAGGAGAGGGCAGACCGUGUUAAGGCACUUCAGGAAAAGCUGAAGUCAGUGGGAGCCGUAAAUCAGCAGCACUACAUUCAAAUCGCGCAGGCGGCGAACGAUGCCAUCGACUACGCCAGCAAGAUCGGCUCCUAUGUCUACUUCUUCCGUCUGCUGCAAGGCAUUGUAGACGAUUACCAUGACUUGUUGAACAAAGUCUCGACAUCUUCUCCAGACAAGGCACGGACGAUCCUGCUCCACAUGGGGAUCAUAAAUCCCAGGCUUGCCUGUGCAAGCCAAGUUUCAGCUGCCAUUCAACCCGUGCUUCAUAGUGAAGGUGCUGAGAAGCGUUCUUUGCAGGAGAUUCUCACGGAGCAGAUGUCGCUCCCAAGCGCACAUCCCAAGCUGCUGUCCCCAUCGCCCACUUCAAGCCUUGCCCAGCCAAGCCUUGCCCAGCCAGCAGCGGCCCAGCCAGCAGUUGGCGACCAGGAUGAUGCUCUUAAACUUAUGGCGAUUUUUGGCUCUGACAAACCGUAG